UUUGAACCGCGUUUCUCAAUAAUGGCGUUACACUUGGCCAGCGGUUGCUCUACAUGCUCAUCUCACUGAACACAAGUUAUCUCAACUAUCGUUCUUCGAGAAUUGUCAUUCAUUAGUUGCCUGGUCUGUUGUUAUAAUCUUCUAUUUCAUCAUUUAAAUUAUGAAUCAAAAACAUUAUCUUGUUCCAUCAUUUCUGGCCUCAAAGGGAUUGGUUAAACUUCACAUCGACUCCUUCAAUCAUUUUAUUCAAACAGAAAUAAAAAAUAUUGUCCGAGCAAACAGUCGUGUCAGUGUUCCAGAAGCCAAUUGGUGGUUAGAGUAUAAUGACAUAUAUAUCAAACCUCCAACAGUAAAUGAUGGAGGGGUUGUUGCCAGCCGUGUUACUCCUCAUGACUGCAGACUCCGUGACCUAACAUAUGCUGGCGAAAUUCUUGUUGACGUUACGUUUGUUAGACAGAACGAAGUAGUAUCGAAAAAAGGUGUCCUUAUUGGUCGCAUGCCAAUCAUGCUAAAAAGCUCCAUAUGUGUACUAAAUGGUAAAAGUCCUUCGGAGCUUAUGCGACUUAAAGAAUGUCCAUUGGAUCCUGGCGGUUAUUUCAUUAUUGGUGGUACUGAAAAAGUAGUUCUCAUGCAGGAACAAACUUCCAAGAAUCGUCUGAUCAUUGAAGAAGAUAGUAAACGUGGAUUAGUGUGUUCUGUGACAUCGUCCUCUGCUCAAACGAAAUCUAAGACUAACAUCGUUACGAAAGAUGAUAAAUUUUACCUUUCUCAUAAUUCCUUCAUCGUGGAUGUCCCUAUUGCCAUAUUGUUUAAAGCAAUGAACAUUACUUCUGACCAGGAACUAUUGCAGCUUAUUGGGACAGAAGAAUCUGUUUGGGCUAACUUUGUUCCUAGCCUUAAAUUAUGUUUGGAAUAUAAUAUCCAUACCUGUUUAGAUGCUUGCAAUUGGUUACAUUCACGUUUAAGACAACCUCGAUAUCGCACUGCUUUCGGAGCUAGUAGGACGCUACGAACUGCUGCUAAUAUUUUAGAGACAGAUAUUAUCUUAGAAAUACAGAGAUUUUUACGAGAUAUAAUUAUUACACAUAUUGAAAUGGAAAAACUUAACUUUGCGCCGCGUGCAUUCUUCUUGGGUCAGAUGGUUCGUUAUUUAAUACUAGCCAACGAAAAACGUAUUCCUCCAGAUGAUCGGGAUUUUUAUGGGAACAAACGUAUCGAAUUGGCUGGUAGCUUGCUGGCCCUUUUAUUCGAAGACGUCUUCAAGACAUUUAACGAAGAUCUCUGGUUAACAGUGUCCAAGAUUGAUACAAAACGCCGAUGUACACCUUUUGAUAUAUCUCGACAUAUCAAGACGUGGAUGAUAACCGAACAGUUAAAUAGAGCAAUUUCUUCUGGAAAUUGGAUCAUAAAACGAUUCCGUAUGAUGCGACAUGGUGUUACACAAGUUGUUAGCCGUUUAUCUUACGUUGCUGCCUUAGGACAUAUGACUCGAAUGACGAGCCAAUUUGAAAAAACUCGUAAGGUCUCUGGUCCACGUUCUAUUCAUGCAAGCCAAUGGGGUCUUAUCUGCCCAUCUGACACACCUGAAGGGGAAGCUUGUGGACUUGUUAAAAAUGUUGCUCUCAUGUGUCAUGUUACGGUCGAAGUAGACGAUGCACAUUUGAUUGAGCUAAUUAGCAACUAUUAUACAUUUCCACUUUACCAGAUGAGAUAUGCUAAAAAUGAGUACGUAAUAUAUGUAAAUGGAAAACCGAUUGGAUUCACUCAACACCCUGGGAAACUAUGUGUUUUGAUUAGAGGUCUUCGGCGUUCGGGUAGAAUUCACGGUUUUGUUUCUGUUUAUAUCAAGCAAGCUUAUCAGUGCGUUCAUGUCGUUAGUGAUGGUGGCAGAUUCUGCAGGCCUUAUAUUAUUCUGUGCAAUGGAAGACCACUCGUAACGGAAUCUGUUCUUCAGGAUUUACGCCACAAUGUUCUAAAUUGGGAUGAUCUAUUGAAAAAAGGGUUAGUUGAAUAUUUGGAUGUUAAUGAACUCAACGAUUGUCUGGUUGCAAUGGACGAGUCCUGUUUAACCGACGGUAAUCACUAUACUCAUAUGGAAAUCGACCCCGCCACAAUUUUAGGUGUCGUUGCUGGUUUAAUUCCUUAUCCGGAUCACAAUCAAUCUCCCCGAAAUACUUAUCAAUGUGCUAUGGGUAAGCAAGCUAUCGGCACUGUUGCACUUAAUCAGCAAAUCCGUUUUGAUACGCUUCAAUGUCAAAUGGUCUACCCUCAAAAACCCCUUGUUCAGUCGAAAACUAUUCAAAUGAUGCAUUUUGAUGAGCUCCCUGCCGGUCAAAAUGCAAUUGUAGCAAUAAUGUCUUAUUCUGGGUAUGACGUUGAGGAUGCAUUGGUUAUUAACCAGGCUUCAAUUGAUCGAGGUUUUGCUCGUGCUUGUGUUUAUCGUCGGUCGGGUGUUCAUCUCAAAAUGCAUGAAAAUGCAGUUUACGAUCGCUUAAUGGGCCCUAGCAUAGAGCGAGAGACCGGCGUUCUUCGUCGUGGAGAUGAGGUGCUUCAGGCGGAUGGAGUUGCGUACAUUGGCGCUUGUGUUAACGACCGUCAAAUCCUUAUCAAUAAGGAAAUGCCUGUUGUUAGUUCAAGCGCUGUAUUGGAUAAUGCGGGAUCGCUUAGUUUAAAUGUGAAUACACCUGAGAACGCGACGGAAUUUAAGCGUUGUCCCGUAGACUACAAAGGGAUAGAACCGUCCUAUGUAGAAAAAGUUAUGUUUUCCACAUCAGAAGGAAACCAAGCAGUAGUAAAGAUAUUGUUGCGUCAAACUAGAAGACCCGAAGUUGGCGAUAAGUUUUCCAGUCGCCAUGGUCAAAAAGGAGUCGUUGGACUUAUUGUUCGUCAAGAAGAUUUGCCUUUCUCAACGAAUGGCCUUACUCCUGACAUCAUAAUGAAUCCUCAUGGAUUUCCCAGUAGGAUGACGGUGGGUAAAUUGUUAGAAGUCUUGGGUAGCAAAGCCGGGGCCAUCGAAGGAAAAAUUCGAGACGGUUCAGCGUUUUCUGGGGAUCCUGCUGAAGUCCUUUCACAAGAGAUUUUGUAUUCUGGAGUUACUGGAGCCCCGCUUGAAGCGUUUAUUUACUUUGGUCCUGUUUAUUACCAGCGACUUAAGCAUAUGGUUAUGGACAAAGUACAUGCUCGCUCACGCGGGCCCGUCACAGCAUUGACUCGACAGCCGACGGAGGGUCGUAGUAGAGAAGGAGGUUUACGAGUUGGAGAAAUGGAACGAGACUGUUUUAUUGCUUAUGGUACUUCACAAUUACUAUUAGAACGUCUUUUGCUUUCCAGCGAUGCCUAUGAUGCAUGUGUAUGUGAAAAAUGUGGUUUGUUAGCUACAUCACCUAACUGGUGUCAGUAUUGUCGAAGUAGCCGUCAAGUUGUUUCUGUCCGUAUGCCGUAUGCCUGCAAGCUGCUUUUCCAAGAACUGAUGUGCAUGAGGAUUCUGCCGCGCCUUCGUUUAAGGACUGCUUAUCAUAGCAGUAUACACACUAAAUCUAGAGUAGUUACGGAUGAUUCUCCAGAAGAUUUCGGAUUCAUUAAUUUGGCAGACUAUUUUUCGUUUUUUUUACAAAGAAAAACAAAAAGAGAAAUUUAGCGCACAAGAAAGUUAGAAUGAUAAUUUGGAGGGAAAUAAAACUACCACAAAACAAAAUAUAUAUGUUGGCCAAAUAAAUAUAUAUUUCGUUGAAAUCAUGAACCGAUCAAUGGUGGUCCACCAUGAUUUCAGCGGAACUCAACAAUCUCCACAAUUCUAUAUUGAAAAUUAACGUUUGAUCGUGAAAUUCACCAAUUCAAGCCCGAACUCUGAAUGAGAAAACGAUGCGUUCAACCUCUUAUACUUCCUUGUUCGUAACUCUCUUCUGCAGUAUGUUUUGGUCUUGUUUUGUUUUUAUUAUUGCUUUGUAAUUUCAAACUGUAAUCAGUCAUUAUCAUCCUUUAACAAACUUUUCAUGAUUAUUGUCCUAUUAUUAUUACGACCUUUAUGUUUUUCAUUCUUCAUCAUAUCUGUCAAAUGAACAAUUAUCGUUCAUAAUUCUGACCUGGAAAUUAUGUUCAUUCUCCUAUUUUCCUCUAACCCACUGAUUAUUAUGCAAUCUCACUUGAUACUUGAAAUCUCGAAUCACUUUACGAUGAGAUCUUUUCUAUCUUUUUAGUGACAUAUUCACCGAACAACUACAAAUGUACAGCUUAAGUAACUGAUUUCGUCGAAUUAUCCCUGGUUCCUCUUUAUUUUUAUUCAACAACAAAAUCAUUUAACUGAGAUGCAAACGUCAAUUAUAUACAUAAUUUUAUUUCAUACUGUAUAUAUUACCUUCUGUAGUAUUUUAUGCGACUGUAACUCAGGUAAAUCUGAAGUUUGAAUAAGAAACUUCUUAAUAGAUUGUAUUCCACGUUGUAAAUAACGUUCAAGAUACCUUGCUGUAUUUUCACGACUGACAAGAAUUAAUAUGGUAUUACUUAAUGUUUGAUCAGUUGUGUUGGUAUAGAUUUCUUUUAGUAGUUCAACAAGUGCUUUCCAUUUAGGACUAAUCUCAACAUUUAAUAAUUCUAUAAAAGUAUAAGUCGAAAAAAUAAAAAUUACAAAAC